AUGGCAGACUUGCGCCAGGAGGUUAGUGAGCUGAGGGGCACCAUGGCCACUAUGUUGAGGCAUUUUGAGAAUUUUAUGGCGCAUCAGGGAAGACAGGAGCAAGCACCACCUGGAAGGAGGAAUGAACCAGUCAUGAAUGAGAACGUCAGUGGUCAGACUGCAAACCCGGUGUCACAGGAAGUGGAGCCCCAAGGGAUGGAUGACAAUACUAGGAGCCAGUUGGUGAGGAACUUCAUGACACUGAGACCUUCAGAGUUCCAUAGAGGGACCAAUGCUUUGGUCGCAAAGGAGUGGAUGAUGGUAAUGGAGAAGCACCUCAGGACGAUAGGGGGGCCGACAUGGGCGGAGUUCAGAGAGCUCUUCAACGCCAAUUACUUUUCAGCUUGGGUACGAGAUCAGAAGACAUAUGAGUUUAUUGAGCUGACCCAGGGCAAUAAGACAAUGGCACAGUAUGAGGAGGAGUUCACCUCUUUGGCACGAUUCGCUCCUAAGUUAGUAUGUACUGAGGAGAAGAAGGCAACCAAAUUCCAAAGAGGGUUGCGAGUGGACAUUAGAUUUCACCUAGCUGGUGCACAGAUCACAGAUUAUGCUAUACUGGUGCAGAGGGCACAUAUCAUAGAGAAUGAGAUGAGUGAGCUAAGGGCAGUUCAGGCAACCGCUACGGGAUCAAGUUCAGCCCGGGGGCAAGGCAAUGAUAAGAAAAGAAAAGGAGCACCGGGGUUUUUUGGUAAUAUAGCUGACAUUCUUCCCUGCACAACUUGUGGGAAGAGGCAUCGAGGAGUAUGUAAGGCGUGCUACAGUUGCGGGCAGUUGGGGCACAUGAAGAAUGAUUAUCCACAAGGGAAAGGUAUAACAAGCAACAAAGAGGUGACUUGCUACCGGUGUGGAAGAAAAGGGCAUACUUCUAACGUUUGUAGACAAUCGCCACAACAAGGAGGACAGAGGUAUGAGAACCAAGGCAACAAGAUGGGACAGAGGCAGCCAGUGUCGAGACUUUAG